AUGAAUCACAAUAUUCAUCCCUCGCCAACAAUUCAACAAGUGACCAAUAGUAUUUUUAUGGCUUUACCGUCAACAAGCCAAAAGCCACAAGAUGAUAAUAUCAAAGAGGACCAACAAUCUUCCAAUUUUGAGGAGAGCAUUGAAAGCUAUCGGGAAUUAAUUAAAAAGCAUGCAUCACUCAUCAGUGAUGAUAUUGUAAAACAUACCAUUCUUUCCUAUGAAUGUCUAGUAGCGCACACCAGCCAAGACACCAUUGAUGAAUUCUUUGGUGGAUGUAAGAAAUUCUUUGUGGAAGCCUUUAAAUAUAAGAAAGAAGGACAACCAUUCGGAAUAUUACUACGCUCGGAUUAUGAUUUGAACAUGAGUCCGAGUGUAGUUGCAUUGGCUGUUUAUUUGAUUGAAGAAAAACGACUCACCGUGGAUCAAAGUAUUGAAUUUAUUCAUUCACGAUUGAGACCUGAACAUUUGGAAGAGAGUACUCAUGAUUGGUUGUCUCCAAUUUUUGUAGAACAAUUAAGAUUCUAUGUCAUGGAAAAGAAGGCUGAUAUUAAUUAUCAAUAUUUGUGUCAAAUUUGUAGACAUGUGCUAUUUAAACAAGAAGAUUUAAUUGAACACGAGCCAACUGAAAAGAGAGGAAAUAAGGAUUUUGAAUACAAAAAACUGAGAAAAGACUUAAAAAAAGGAAUUUCCAAAUCAUCUAAAUCUUGUACGUCUUUGUACGCACGAGAUAAGAUGGAAUGGAUGGGUACCAUGGUUGGAGAUGAAGGAAGAUUGGAUUGCCCUCAAUGCGGCCACAGAGUUGGAGCGUACAAAUGGAGUGGCAGUCAAUGCUCGUGUGGAAUUUGGGUCUGUCCUUCAAUUCAAAUUCAAAUAUCACGAGUAGACAAGAGAUAA